UUGUAUCGAUUUUGACAUUGUCAUUUUAUUUCAAUAAAUAUAAACAAUUUCUGUGUUGUUGUUAUAGUAAUAAUACUAAAAUAUGGAUGAAAUUAAUCUAAACACCGACGAGGAAAACAGCAAAAGUAGUGGCAGUAAGCGUAAAUGUGUAGAUCCCCUUGAAAUCGAUAAAGAGAAGAUAACUAAGAUGGAGGUUGGAGAAACGAGCAAAAUCGAUAAUGAUUCAGAAUCUAAUGAACGCCAGCUAAAAUUAAUUGUAAAAAAGAUGGACAAUAUAGAAAUGGAUACGGACAACUCAAAUGAUGAUGCAUCGUACAAUUCUACAGACGAAGAAUCUGAUACGAACUCCGAUUAUUCUGAAGACAGUGAUUCAAGCGUAGAACGCAAUAAUGGAAAUAGUAAUCAACCUCAACCUCAACCUGGUCAUUCAAGAUCUAUGGACCAAUUGGAUGAAGUACAAGCCACUAUAAAUGGUCUGCCAUGGAAGAGUGCCCGAAAUAAGCGCACUUCUACACCAUACAGACAUAAAUUGAGCGUUGAAAGCUGCGAAAAGAUUGUUGGCUUGCACAAAAUCAUUAAAAAGAUGUACUUCCAAGAUAAACCGGAAGAAAGUUAUACAAAAACAGCAUCAAUGGUAGGUCUUAGUGAAGAUCGUGUAAAGAAAAUAUUAAAUAAAUAUGGCGGCGAGAAUAAUCCUAUAUCAAUUAAACAGAAGGAAAUGUAUCAACUCGAUGAAGACAUGAAGACUGCUAUAAGAAAAAAGAUAUACGAUUUCUAUUUGAGAGGUGAACCAGCUUACAAAGAUAAAGUUUUCAAAGAUAUUAACGACGAUCCAAUGUUGCCAUAUUUCAAAAUGAGGUUAUUCGAUAGGAUGUUGAAUCAUUUUAAAAUGUUCACACUUAAUAAGCGUGCGAACUAUGCCUUGAUCGAUCGAAUGAGAAUUUCGGUAAACAGGAUUGAAUAUUUACAAAAGUUAAAGGAAUUAAGAGCACAAAAACGUUGUUUUUAUUAUUUGGAUGAAUUGUUUUUACCAGCAGAAAAUACUGAUGACAAAAACCAACCAUCUACAAGUGCAAAAAAAAAACCCACGCAAAAAUAUAUGGUCAUUGCCCACAUCGGUAAUGAGAAUGGCUUUAUCGAUGAUGGCCUUGGAGUUUUUCAUGUUGAUAUCGAACCUUCGAGCAGAAAUAAAAUAGAAACAAAUCAAUUCGAGGAAUGGUUCGAAAAAAUCUUACCAAAACUUGAGAAAAAUUCAGUCAUCCUAAUGGAUAGUGCACCAUACCAUAUAAGGAAACCAGACAUAAUUCCGAAUUGGCAAUGGUCAACGAAAGACAUUGAAAGUUGGUUUAGUACUAGUGGGCUUGAAUACUACGAAAAUAGCUCGAAAGUUUUACUAUUACAUACAAUCAAAGAAGCUAAAAUCGAACAACCACCGUUCAUAAUCGACACGAUGGCAAUGAAAUACAACAUUGAAAUAAUAAGAACACCGCAAUUUCAUUACGACUUAAAUCCUAUAAAUGUUAUAUGGGCAGAGAUCAAAAAAAUUGUGGCGAAAAGAACAUUGAAUAUUGAACAUUUAAGAGAAAUUGUCGAUAGUGUGAUUUGUGAUAAAUCAAGUAUAGAAAAAUGGCGUACGUCUAUACAGUACGUUCUUGAUUUAGAAGAGAAUUACUAUGGCAAACUCGAUGGAGCAAUGGAUGAUGUUGUAGACAGUAAUCUCGAUGAGAGUGAGGAAGCUGACGGUCCGAAUGAAUAUCCGGCUGAGAAUCAAGCUAUCUACCUCUACAGCGGAUCAGAUGACUGUAUUUGGGAGAACGUAAUAACGGAUUUGUCAGAAAUAGGUACGGAUACGGACUCAAGUUACGUAUAUUAUGACAAAUCAAUAUUUAAUUACGUAUUUAUCAGUCCAGCGUCCCGUAAAAGUUCUUAAAUCUAGCUUUUAAAAUAAUCCGGUUCGAAGGACCAUAUUAAAAUUCGUAGAAAUGUCUUCGAAUUUGAUGCUUUUUUAAUGCUUAUAAACGCAGAUAUAACCAAAGAUAUGUAAAAUUACUUUAUGUUGCAUAUACGUAUAAAAUAUAA